GGAAGUGUGCUGCUCUUCCUGUGUUAUAUUCUAGUCAUUUAUUAAACGUUAACCUGCUUAGGUAUUGAAAAGCAGCUUUGACUGAAUGACGAAACUAUCAACAGUCAGUAUUUUCUUUACAGCUGAUUGUCCGUAAUAACAUUGACAGUUGCCUAGCUGCAAGAAAACGGUUUUAACGCACAUUAAGUGACGAAACCCUAAUGGUGACCAGAUGAAGAUGAAAUCCAACAAGAAGAAGUCUUUGCAAAACAAAUCAAAGAGAGGAGAGAAACAACAUGAUGUUCUGGUAGUUAAGACUGAAUGUGAACCAGAGGAGGAAGUGCACCUUACUAAUGGGGUGGGUCUGACCAUCCAAAUCAAGGAGGAACCACUCUCACUGGAGAUCAGUGAGCAGCACAAUGGACCCUCAUCAUGCUGCUCAGACACUAAGGAUGGGACUGAGGCAUGCAGGCCAGAUGUUCAGCAACACAUAAAGGAAGAGUGUGACUCUGAGCAUCCUCCAGAUCUCACUGAGGCUGCUGUCAAAGAGGAACCAGAGUCAGGGAUAAAAGAGGAGACACACAUUGAGCAGCAGAGAGGGGGGGAGGCAACAAUACACAUCAAGGGAGAUUAUGGAGAAGGAGAGAAGGACUGCAAAGAGUCAUCGUCUGACUUCUAUCCAUGUCCUCAUUGCGAUGUCUCCUUCACUGACCUGGACUUCCUGGAGAAGCAUGUCAAGUGGGUCCAUCAGAAGGAGUAUCUUGCCAAACUAAAGAAAUGCCUCUCAAGCCGCACACUGAACCUCAUCCCCAAACACCCGUGCACCGUCUGCAGCAGCACCUUUAAAUCUAAAGUACACCUUAGGCUCCAUAUACGUGAAGCCCAUCCUUCUGCUCCUCCUCGCAGACUCUUCCCCUGUCCGACAUGUGCGCGCAGCUUCCAGUACCUGAAGAAUCUGAAGAAUCACUGUCAGCGCUGGCACAGCAUGUCCGUGGCGACCAAAGGAGGACAUCUCAGCUGCGCCAAGUGUGGGAAGAGUUUCAAAGCUACCUGGGGUCAAGGGCCGCAUUUGUGUCAUGAGCAGCAAAACACAGAAGCCGAGGAUAAGCCAAUCUGUCUGGAUGUUGGUGUGAAGUGUCCAGAAUGUGGCAAGAUGAUAGGCACACCUCAAAGCCUGGAGGAUCACAUGCGCACACACACGGGUGACCGGCCGUAUGUCUGCAAGGAUUGUGGCCGGAGGUUUGUGGAGCGUAGCGGGUGGCGGCAACACAUGAAAAUACACUUAGGGGAGAAGCCUUACAAAUGCCAGGUGUGCGGGAAGGCCUUUUUAAGAUCACAUCACCUCAAGUGCCACUUAACCACACACUCGGGGAAGAAGGAAUACUCUUGUUCUGAAUGUGGAAAAGAGUUUGGAUUCAAGUCGAGUCUGACUCUCCACAUUAGGACGCACUCCGAUGAGAAACCCUUUCACUGCAAUGUGUGCGGGAAGGACUUCAUCACCCAGAGAAACCUCAGGGUUCACUCCAAAAUCCACAACAUUGAGAAAGCUCACCAGUGCGGUGACUGUGGGCUGAAGAUUGGAGACAUCGGGGCUUUGAAAAUACACCUGCGCACACACACCGGAGAAAGGCCUUACCACUGCACAGUCUGCGGCAAUAGGUUCAUUCGCCUAUCACAUCUGCGGAACCACCAACGCAUACACACUGGAGAGAAACCCUACAAAUGCAAUGAAUGCGACAAGAGUUUCACUCAGUCAGGUGAUCUGGCCAAGCAUAAGAGGAUACACUCUGGGGAAAAGCCCUUUGAAUGCCCAGAGUGCCACAAUCGUUUCACCUCGUCCGGCGAUCUGGGUAAGCACAGGAGGAGUCACACCAACCUGCGUCCCUACACGUGUGAAGAAUGUGGAAAAAGCUUUCGUUUGUCAGGACAUCUUAAAACUCACAUGUUAACCCACACAGGCGAGAAACCAUAUUCCUGCCCGAACUGCCUGCGCAGGUUUGCUCGCUCUCACCAUCUCUCUGGGCACGUGGCUAAAUGUCGCUGACUUUAACAAAAUGAUUAUAAAGGAGCUAUACUGAUUUUGAAGUGGUUAUUAAUAGAGAUGUAUGUACGUUUUUUUAAUUCAAAACUCAUAUCCGUAUAUGAUUAUUUAUAUAAUUGUUCAGUACAUUCCGUCACUCGGAUAGCAUUAACUUGUAAAGAAAAGUGGAAAAACACAUGGACAUUUUUGUUACUGCAUGUAACUUUAUUAAAGCAUUAUCCCAGGCCUUGUAGAUAGAUAGAUAGAUAGAUAGAUAGAUAGAUAGAAUCGGAGGGAUGAAACCCUCUAAUGGUCACACAUGCAGAGCACACGGCACGCACAGUGACAUUUAGAUUUAGAUUUAAAUUUAGAUUUAUGAUAAACCGGUUUGAAAAACACUAUUAUAAUGAAGGCUUGUUGUCAUCGUGUAAGGCAAAGUUCAUGGAGACAUGUUGUUAAUGUACGGUUGUGUGUUUCACAGAAAAAUGCUAUAUUAUUUGUAAAAAUGUAAUAAAUUAUUUGAUGAAUGCAUGAACACUAUGUGUAAUGCUACUGUGUCUUAAGAUACUGGGAGAGGGCAAAUUAUUUUAAGCCUUUUGUGCAAAAGUGUUAAAUGCCCACAAUAAGGAUGCCCAUAUUUCACGCAAGACUGA